GUUGAUCUGCUCUUCAUUCUGGCACAUACACGAUCAAAAGGGACCCCCCCUUCUCCUCCUCCUCAAAGAACAGACAAGGGUAAAAUGGUUGACAACAACAGCAGCAACGAAAGAGUAGAAACUUCUGAGGGAGGGCAACUUCCAAGUGACCUUGUCCUUAAGCUUGAGAGCAAGAUUGCAGAUUUAGAAGAAGAAGUAGCGCAUAUGCGCGAUUUGGCCAAGUUAUCUAUUUCUCUUGGAACCCAAUUUGGCGAAAAUAUAGACAAUCCUCCUCAUUCUAACCAAACAACUACGCCAAACAAUCCCCCAACCAAUGUACCCCGACCUGAACCCGCUCAUCCAAAUAUCUUCCCACCACUUCAUGCCCAAAAUACCCAAAUCCUAUUUUACCACUACCACCAACAAACUAAGCCAACUAUCCCAGAACCAGUUCCAAAUGCAAACCCUUCAUAUACUCUCGGAAAUAACAACCUCAACCCCAUCUAUGUGGAAACUGCUCCCUUGACCCAUAACUACCAUGAAUCAGAGUCCUCCCAAAAGGACAUUCUGAUAAAAACCCUGACCGAGAGAUUAGAUAACUUGGCCAGCAGGGUUCAACAUGUGGAAGGAAGCAAGAGGUUGGGAGGACUGAUCUAUGAGGAUUUAUGUAUACACCCCGAUGUAGAACUACCUGAAGGAUAUAAGCUUCCAAAGUUUGAAUUGUUUAAUGGCAUUGGAGAUCCCAAAGGCCACUUGCGAAUGUACUGUGACAAGCUUGUAGGGGUGGGGAGAGAUGAGAGGAUACUCAUGAAGUUGUUUAUAAGGAGUCUCACCGGAGAGGCACUGUCCUGGUAUACUGAACAAGACCCUCGAAAAUGGGAUGAGUGGGUAGACAUGGCAACAGACUUCAUGAACAGGUUUGGAUUUAAUGUAGAAAAUGCACCAAAACCUGAAGAAAAAGCCCAGUGA